AGCCAUUCGUUGCGAGUACUCCUCAUCAUAAGCAAUCCCAAGGUUUUUUUUCCCACUCUGUUGUUUGACGCAGAAUCAUGCCCGCAGUCGCCGCCGCCACCGUGAACGCGGAGCUGGCGCUGAAGGACAUCAUCAAGGCGACCAUCUCCAAGGCCUUCCCGCAGGUGCCGCUGCCGGAGCCACUCAUCACUCUCGGUAAGGUGAGCGAGUUUCAGUGCAACAAUGCCAUGGGCCUGGCCAAGGCGCUGUCCCAGCAGAAGCCACCCGUUAAGAUGAGCCCGCAGAUGGUUGGCGAGGAGCUCAAGAAGCACCUGCAAGACAGCGACAUCAUCGACGUGUUCGAGCCCACCUCGAAGGGUUUCAUUAACGUGAGCAUCCGCAAGGAGUGGAUCGCCAAGACUGUCAACGCGGUGCUCACGAACGGCAUCUGCCCGCCCGUUGUGGAGCGGCAAAAGGUGAUGGUGGACUUCUCCUCACCGAACAUCGCGAAGGAGAUGCACGUCGGCCACCUCCGCUCCACCAUCAUCGGCGAGUCGAUUUGCCGUUUGCUGGAGUUUUGCCAGCACGACGUCGCCCGCAUCAAUCACGUCGGCGACUGGGGCACGGCCUUCGGCAUGCUCAUUCUGUACAUCAAGCGCAACUACCCCGACUACACGACAAACCCGCCGGACAUUUCCGACCUCACCGGUUUCUACCGCGCCGCGAAGCAGUGCUUCGACGAGGAUCAGGAGUUCAAGGAGCAGGCCCGACUCGAGGUGGUGAAGCUGCAGGCGCUCGAGGAGGACUCGAUCCGCACGUGGAAGUUCAUCUGCGACGUCUCGCGCAAGGAGUUCAACGAGAUCUACGACCGUCUCGGCGUCACGAUCGAGGAGCGCGGCGAGAGCUUCUACAACCCGCUCAUCCCGAAGGUGCUGGCCCUGCUGGAGACAGCGGGGCAGAUCGAGGAGAGCGACGGCGCCAAGUUGAUCAUCAGCAAGGAGGAGCGCAAGAUAGACAGCCUGGACGCGCGCGACAUGACGAAGCUGGCGAGCCAGCACCUGGCGCUGACGACGCGCGAAGGCCCGUCCUUCCACCCGAACCUCAUCGCGGCCAUGAAGAAGGCCGGCAUCCUGACCGGGGAGGCGGGGGCGGAGGUGGUGGUGCUGUCCAAAAAGGAGACGAAACCGUGGAAUAAGUUUGACAUUCGCGUGGACCUUGACAAGCUCAUGGCGCAGCUUGCCCCUCUCUACAAGAAGCAGGUGGACCCCCUCUUCCUCGAGGUGUUCCAGAACGCCGGCAUUGUGAAGGGCGACAGCAUCCUCGUGCCGCGCUUCACGUUCCCGCUGAUGGUGGUGAAGAGCGACGGCGGCUACACCUACGACACGACCGAUGUGACGGCCACCUACCACCGCUUUGUCCUCUCCGCCAUGAACCGCGUGAUUUACUGCACGGACGUUGGCCAGUACGAGCACUUCCGCAUGUGCCUGCAGACCGCGAAGGACAUGGGCUGGAUGGAGCACGCCACGUGGGACCAUGCCGGCUUCGGUCUUGUAACAGGCGCGGACGGCAAGAAGAUUAAAACCCGCUCGGGCGAGACGGCGAAGCUGAAGGACCUGAUGGACGAGGCGGUAGAGCGCUCACUGACCAUCCUGAAGGAGCGCGAGGCCGGCGACCGCAACCAGGGCCACACAGAAGAGGAGAUGACGAACCUGUCGAACGUCAUUGGCAUUGGCGCCAUCAAGUACUUCGAUCUCAAGCAAACCCGCACCGGCGACUACGCCUUCAACUACGACAAGAUGCUCGACAUGUCCGGCAACACCGCCGUCUUCCUGCUCUACCAGUACGCCCGCAUGUGCUCCAUUAAGCGCAAGGCCGGCGUGUCGGACGCGGACCUGCUGCAGGUGAAGGAGAUCUCGCUCGACACCCCACAGGAGAAGAGCCUGGCCUUGUGCGCGCUGCGCUUCCAGUCGGUGGUCCUCAAGACCGCCGAGGACCUCUUCCCGCACCACCUGGCCGACUUCGCCUACGAACUCAUGUCUUGCUUCUCCGACUUCUUCCAGAACUGCCGCGUCAUCGACGAUCCGUUGCAGAACAGUCGCCUGUGCCUCGUGGAGCUGACCCGGAUUACCCUCCAGAAGACGCUCGAAAUCCUCAACAUUGAGACCGCCGAGCGCAUCUAA